GGAGGGGUUGAGACCAGCAGCAGCAGCAGCAGCAGCAGCAGUCUGCGCUAACUGAGGACGAACGAAGCGGAACCAUUUCAUCCUGGAUUUUACGCGCAAUCGGAUCAUUUCUAUUCUUACUUUCCUCCACGUUGGUGAGGGGAAUACGAGCAAAACAGAGGAAUCACGCGUAAAAGACAACUGCGUGGCCACGCUCUCUCUCUCCCUCCCACCCAAGCCGAGGUCCUGUAGCUGAAGAUCCAUUCUCCUGCGUGGCACAAGUCUGGUAUUUUCUCUGAGUUGCAAACCCAGCAGGGAUCAGUCCGACAGGAGCUGAGGGGAAAUUUAGUACUAAAUCCAGCCGGUACCUCUGCUGGUACUGCAAUCACUCCUGGAUCUUCUAGGCUGUGCUUGCCGGAUGGCAUAGGCAAAGAAGGAAGGGGGGGAGGGGGGGUGUUCAUUCAUUUUUCAGCCCCUCUCAGCCACCACCCCUGUGGAUGUGUCCGUGUUUUUUUUUCUUUUUCAUCCUCCUCUUCAUCAUUCAGCAUUUUCACGAGUGGAUUCUUGAGAACAAUUUAAUAGACAUCUGCUGGAAAUAUACAUUUAAAUCUAAGCAUUUUUUUUAAAUAAUCAUUAUUGCCAACAACCAGGCCUUAAAACACUGGAGGCGCACUGCUGUUUUUAAGAGAUGGAGAAUGAAGAUGGGGAUUACCAUCAUUUAUCCAGGAAAAUCACUGGCCUGUGCGCGCCAGCAGCCAAAGUGUGCAGUGAUCACGAAAAAUAACAGGCUGCAUUUUGGGGAUUAUUUUCGAUCAAAAACGCCAUUCCUCCCCACCUAAGUCGCAUGUAUUUUUUUUUUUUUUACACAACUACAUAAAAUAAAACCUCACAAAGCAUUUGGAGUCUGCCAAAGAGUAGCCUUGUUGGCUACAGACAUUCACCAUACCUUUGUUUUUCUUAUCAUUUUUUUAAAUAUACAUAUAUAAAGGCUCUCUUGUGAAGCGUGGACGUCUACGAGCCUUUUUAUAUUCAUUUUUUUUGUAUUUUUGAAAGGAAAAUAAUGAACGUAGGAGCAGGAACAUCGAUGGGUUGCCUGACCUUGUUUUGGGGUUUGCUGCUGUUUGUUUCUUCCAUCUGCGUAAGACCUAUCCAUGGAGAGAUCUGUAGCCCAAGUAUUGACAUCAGGAAUGACAUAAGUGAAUUCAAGCGUCUUGAGAACUGCACGGUGUUGGAAGGUUACCUACAAAUUGUUUUAAUCAAUGAAAAGACGAGCAACAUCAACCAGGAGGUCUUCCGCACCCUCAGCUUCCCAAAGCUGACCGUCAUCACUGACUAUCUGCUGCUGUUUCGGGUCCCUGGCUUGGAUAGCCUCAGCAAACUCUUUCCCAACCUAAGUGUCAUCCGGGGCCUUAACCUGUUCUUUGGAAAUGCUUUGGUGAUCUACGAGAUGAACAACUUAAAGGACAUCGGUCUGUACAACUUGAUGAACAUCACCCGUGGAACAGUGCAGAUUGAAAAGAACGGAGAGCUAUGUUACCUGGACUCGGUGGACUGGUCUCUGAUCAUGGACAGCUACGUAAAUAAUAUUAUAACUCGGAACAAGGAGCCAAAGGAGUGUGACGACAUCUGCCCGGGCAUCAUGGAGGAUAACCCUAUCUGUCGCACAACGUCGUUCAAAGACAACAAGGACUACCGCUGCUGGACGUCUAACCAUUGUCAGAAAGUUUGUCCUCCGCAGUGCAAGUUGGCCUGCACAGAUAAGGGAGAAUGCUGCCAUAGCCAAUGCCUGGGGGGCUGCUCCGAACCCAACAACGACAUGGCCUGCUCUGCGUGCAUCCAUUACAACCACGAUGGUCGCUGCGUGCCAGACUGCCCCGAUGGCACCUUCAUGUUUGAGGGCUGGCGCUGCAUCACCAUGACUGAGUGCAGUGAGGUGCAUCUGCCCAACGACAAUCUCUUUGUCAUUCACAACAGAGAAUGUAUGAGCGACUGUCCCUCUGGGUUCAAACGUAGUUCAAACGAGACUGAUCGUCAUUGCACAGCUUGCAACGGUCUGUGCGACAAAUACUGCAGGGGUACUGUCAUUGAUUCUGUGGAUGCUGCUCAGUCCCUGAAGGAAUGCACCGUCAUCGAAGGCAACCUGGUCAUCAACAUCCGCAGUGGAAUUAAUAUAGCUUCAGAGCUGGAGACCUUCAUGGGACUGAUCCAGACUGUGACUGGCUACGUGAGAAUUCGACACUCCCACUCUCUCAGCUCGCUGUCUUUCCUCAAAAGCCUCCGAUACAUCAACGGACAGGAUCUUAUCGAUAACAUGUAUUCGUUCUCCGCUGUCAACAACCAGAAUCUGCAGUCCUUGUGGAAUUGGACCCAACACAACCUGACUAUUCAGGCAGGGCGUAUAUUCUUCCGUGGAAACCCGAAGCUCUGCAUGUCUGAGAUUCAUGCCAUGUGGGAGAAGACGGGCAUAACCGUAAAACCAGAGGAGGCAGAUUACCGCUACAACGGGGACAGAGCGAGCUGUGAAAGUGACGUUUUAAAGUUCAAGUCUAACAUUACAACAAGCCACACCAUCACUCUGACAUGGGAACGCUACCAAGUCCCUGACCACGGAGACCUCAUCAGCUUCAUAGUCUACUACCAGGAGUCGCCCUUCCAGAACAUCACACAGUUUGAUGGCCAGGAUGGCUGUGGCUCCAACACCUGGCACAUGGUGGAUGUAGACCUUCCUCAUGACCAAAAUGAUCCCAAAUUUACUCUUCAACAUCUCAAGCCUUGGACCCAGUAUGCGAUUUAUGUGAAAGCCACCACUCUGCAGAUGAAGGACGAACACAUUUCUGGGGCAAAGAGCGAUAUAAUUUAUAUCCGCACGCGACCAUCAUUGCCAUCCAUGCCCAGUGAUCCCCGUGCUUAUGCCAACUCUUCAACUAAAUUGGUAGUGAAGUGGUCACCUCCAGUGUUUCCCAAUGGAAAUCAAAUUUACUACCUGGUUCGCUGGCAGCGGCAGCCUGAAGACAGGGAAUUCUAUCACCAUGACUACUGCUCUAAAGAUCUGAAGUUACCAAUCCGGAGCCCAUCAUUAGGGCCUUUAGAGGAGAAAGAUAACCCAAACCUACCAAAGGUUACCCUUCCAGGGGAAACAAAGGGUCUCUGUUGUACUUGCCAGAAGACAGCCGAAGAGAAGGAGCGGGAGAAGCAUGACCGCUACUUUUUAAAAGUUUUUGAGAACUUCCUCCAUAAUACCAUCUUUCUUCCAAGACCUCCAGACCGUCGCCGCAGAGACCUUUUUGGUCUUGCUAACCACACUCAGUUUCAUGAUGACGGUCAAGGCAAUAUCACCUUCGGCUCAGGGGAGAACAGCACAGACAGCAUCCCUCCUGUCAAUGAGUACCCCUUCAAUGAUGACAGAACUUCUGCAGAAUAUUUAGAAAUCCCCAACCUGCGACCUUUCACUACGUAUCUUAUUGAGAUCCACGCCUGCAACGAGCAGCUGGGCUUCAACUGCAGUGUUGGAGCUUUUGUCUUCUCCCGGACAAAACCUGCUGCCAAAGCAGAUGACAUUCCUGGGAAGGUUAUCUAUGAAAUGUGUGACAACACUGACGGCUGUGUGGUGUUGCAUUGGCCACAGCCUCUCAUGCCUAAUGGACUUAUACUGAUGUAUGAGAUCAAGUACCGCCUGGGGAAUGAGCCUGAGAAACACAAGUGUGUGUCACGUCGGCAGUACCACGAAUAUAAAGGAUUUCGUCUGACCAUCUUGAGCCCGGGAAACUACUCUGCUCGCGUGAGGGCCACAUCUCUGGCAGGAAACGGCUCAUGGACGGAAAGCAUCUCCUUCUACGUUCCUCCACCUAAACGAGAGGAUUUUGCGACGCUCUACUUGGUCAUCCUCGUUCCCAUCAUAGUGACUCUUCUCAUCGCCAGUCUUACCACCGUUCUCAUCUUCAUCAACAAAAAGAGGAACAACAACAGACUUGGGAAUGGAGUUCUCUAUGCAUCCGUCAACCCAGAGUACAUCAGCGCAGCUGAGAUGUACACUCCGGAUGAGUGGGAGGUGGCCAGGGAAAAGAUCACCAUGCACAAGGAGCUGGGGCAGGGCUCUUUCGGCAUGGUGUACGAAGGCACCGCGAAAGGCGUAGUCAAGGACGAACCUGAGACACGAGUGGCGAUCAAAACGGUGAACGAGUCGGCGAGCAUGCGGGAGCGGAUAGAGUUUCUGAAUGAGGCAUCUGUGAUGAAAGAGUUCAACUGUCAUCAUGUGGUGCGGCUGCUGGGCGUGGUCUCUCAGGGACAACCUACUUUGGUUAUCAUGGAGCUGAUGACUCGUGGAGAUCUCAAGAGUCACUUGCGCUCUGUGCGCAAUGAAAACACCAACUCUCAGACGUUGCCGCCUCUGAAGAAGAUGAUCCAGAUGACAGGCGAGAUCGCAGAUGGCAUGGCUUACCUUAACGCCAACAAGUUUGUCCAUAGAGACCUGGCUGCCAGAAACUGCAUGGUAGCAGAGGAUUUCACAGUGAAGAUUGGAGAUUUUGGCAUGACCAGAGAUAUUUAUGAGACGGAUUACUAUCGAAAAGGAGGGAAAGGCCUGCUGCCAGUUCGAUGGAUGUCCCCAGAGUCGCUGAAAGACGGCGUCUUCACUACAAUGUCUGAUGUCUGGUCAUUUGGUGUUGUGCUGUGGGAGAUCACCACCUUAGCUGAACAGCCUUACCAGGGCAUGUCCAAUGAACAAGUGCUGCGCUUUGUCAUGGAAGGGGGACUCCUGGAGAAGCCCGACAACUGCCCGGACAUGCUGUUUGAGCUGAUGAGGAUGUGUUGGCAGUACAACCCCAAGAUGCGUCCGUCCUUCCAGGAGAUCAUCAACAGCAUCAAAGACGAUCUGGAUCCCCACUUCCGAGAAGUAAGCUUCUUCUACAGUGAGGAGAACAAACCGCCGGACAUGGAGGAACUUGACAUGGAGGUGGAGAACAUGGAGAACAUUCCACUGGACCCUGUAUCUACAAGGCAGCCGCCUACUGCUGCCGUUCCACCUUCUGGGUGCAUGGGAAGCAGGUCACCUCCUCCCUCGCAGCAGUUAUCCCCCUUGCAAGGCCCAAGUACGCCCCUAUUAGGGUCCCAUUCGCCACCGGGCCCUCUGGCCACAGCUUUGACGUCUUCAGGGCACGGCUCAGACAAGCACUCAGAACAUGCUUUGGCCAAUGGGCCUGUGGUGGUCCUGCAGCCAAACUUUGAUGAGUUGGAGCCAUAUGCACACAUGAAUGGAGGCAGAAAGAAUGAGCGGGCGUUACCGUUGCCCCAGUCAUCAGCCUGCUGAUAUUGGUCCAGCACCUCUUCUUCCUCUCACACAGGGUAACUGAAACCUCACUUUCUCUUAAAAAGGAUUGAUGAGGUAAGACAAUUACGUUUUCUCUACUGUGUGCCAGUAGAUGGGCUCUCCACUAUAUUUCAGGUGUGGAAAGAAAUACAGACUCUGAGAACUGUAAAACAGCACAGAAACCUGCUGAGGCACUGGGAGAUUGGUGGCUCAGACACACUGGGGGACUCCUUUCUGCAUAGUUACAUACAAGCCCUUUCGAGAAGGAAAAAACAUAAGGAUGUAUAUUGGCACACAGACCUAUACAUGAACAGCAAGAAGAAAAGUCUUUUUAGCAUAUCUGCCAGCAAAACCAACAGAAGAGCACUUUUGUCCUGAGGAUUUCACAGAGGAUGAUAUGAAUAUAUUAAGUAUCUAUUCGUAGAAUCCCAUCAUUCUCUCCAUAACACGGCAGAGCUCAUUUUUUUUUUAUGAAGCAGCCGGGUUCAUGUUAUGUGACAAUGCCUCCCUUGAAAAUAAGACUCUUUUAAAUUCUAUUAUUUCUAUGUGAUCCCUUGAGGUGUGGGUUCAAUUGGUAAGCCUGUUUUUUAUCUGCCAAACUUUUGCCAAAUCAAACUUUUUCUUCAGUCUCCUAAAGGUGUCCUUUUUUUGCUAAAAACUGUGAUUCAGAGUUGAGAUCUUUCACUGCAAUAACAAAACCGUAUUUGGCGCAGAAUUUUGGAUGUUUUUGUAAAAUUUAAAUCCAAGGUGUACCACAUUAUGCUCGGUCAUCACUGUGUAUGGGGUGGAAUAAAUUUAUAAGGUAGAGAACACAUUUAUUUGCACAAACAGAAGCCAGUCCAAAGAUUUAAAGGUGGCAAGCCACAACUCUGAUUUAGCAUGACGUGGAUGUCAUUCCAUAUUAUUAAACAUUUGAAGUGACUUUUCACCCGUCUAGUUUCAAAACCGCAGGUCUAAUCGGCUGAAAAUACAGAUUCUUGCGACCAACAAUUAGACUAGAAAACAUGUCAUCACUCAAAGAUGAUCAAAUAGCAAAACUUUUAACUACCAGACACAUCCACAAAAAGAAUUAAAGUCUGCUAACCCGGUAUAAGGGUAACAAAACCAGAAAUACAUUGACACAGACCAGCCAUUAGAAAAGUAUUCAUUAAAAAACAUUUAAUGUUAUAAGUUCAAGGCUGACUCAAACAAAACAAAAAAAUUUUUUUUCAUUUCUUUGAUUACUAACCCUGCCUUUUUCAUCAGUAAUUAAAAUGAGAGAGAGCAUCAUCCUAAAUUUGUACCUGUUGGAUUUCUUUGUCAUAGAACUACUGAUUGUUUUGCUACAUAGCACAUAGAAAGUGAUAACUAGCUCUGUAUUGUGGACUGGUAUCUUUGUUGGCAUUUGUGCUGUUGCUCCCUAUUUCUCAUUUUUUAUAAGAACAUCAGUUGGUAUGUAGCUUACACAAAACCUGAGAAAUUUGUGGCAAUUAGCUUUUAGUUUCCUUGUCAGUGGUGACACAGGGAAAAAGUGCUUGUUUAAAGUUUCUCACUUCUGUUUUCCCUUAUAACCAGGUCUUUAUUAAUUUAACAUCUGCCACUUAACACUGGAAUUCUUGUUGGGCUGUUUUUUUUUUUUUCUUCUGUGUAAACUUGCAGACUGAAUGCUACAUUUUUUUUUCCCAGAAGGGUGGGAAGGGGGUGAUGUAAAAAAAAAAUUAUAUAUAUUUUUUUUUUCACUCUAAAGCCUAAAAUACAGUUGCUUGAACCCGAUAAAACGUAACAAGAAAGUACUUAGUUCGGAAAGUUUAUGAUCCUGGACGAGCCCCCAAAAAGGCUAUUGCUAGAUUCAGUAAUGUAAAAGAAAUACCCAGCUUGGUGUAUUUUUUUUAGAAUUGAACAUAAAAAGGAAGGGGCUCAAAAUGCUAUCCUUGUGACAUGGAUAACCUGCUCCAUUAGUUGUAAGCAAGCAUUACACAGCAUAGUAUGAAGUAUUACAUCAAAAUACAUGACUGCUUUCACAUUGCUUUGUUUGAUGCAGGUUUUAGCAUUUGAUUUUGCAAGAAUGAAACAAACAAAUAUAACAAAGCAACAAAGUACAGAUGCAAAUCCAACCCAACAGAAUCUCGUGCAUUUCUUGGUAUUAAACUGACCGAAAGUUCUUCUAGUAUUUCGAUUAAUACACAAUUUAAAAAUUAUGGUAUUGUAUUCAUUUUAUUACAAUUACUGAAAAUUUGUUCCACCUCAUAAAAUCUUUUUCUCAAUUUCAUAAAAAAACAACUCUGAAGUACAGCAUCAGUCUCUUCCUUAGAAAAAAAUAAAUAAAAGCAAAUCCCAGAUUCUCAGUAUCUGGCAAUAAAAAUUGCUUUAACUUCCUCGAACAUAUAAAAAAGGACACUUUUCAGGUCCAAAUUAGAGACUUCAAUCAAGAAGCUGAUGGGUCAAAUUUAGUAACCCAGAGGACUUUCAGGCCUCUAAAAGUUAGCAUUAAUGGUAUCUCUUGCAUUUCAAACACAUGUAAAAGGUCUUAUAGUUGCAUUUUGGACUCCAGGAUAAUUUUUAUACACAUCAAUGAUUUUUGUCACUAAAGAAAAAAAACAAAAUACUUUUUUUUUUAUACUUUUAAAAAUGUUUGCCUCUAUGUCUGUACAGAACAAAGCUGCUAUUUUAUUAUUUUUCUCUUUUUGGAUGUUAUAUAUAUAUAAAUAUAUCUAUAUAUAAAGAAAUCCUUCAGGUUUGCUAUUUUAUGAUCCCCCACAGCAGUCCCUUUUUAUAUCUUUAAGCUCUAGUUAAAUCAAAAAAUAAAAGUUAACCCCUCAAGAUUUUGAGUAAAACAAAAUUUCAUUCAUUGCCUUUUGUUUUUAUGAAAUGAUUAUUUCUCUAGUUUUUUGUCAACUUCUAUUAUUAUUAUAAAUAUUAUUGUUGUUUUAUUAUUAUUAGUGAUGAACAUUUUAGCUCGAUGUGUGAGCUUGUACUUCUGCACCCUCUUUUUAUGUUAUUGUUUAGCACUGUGCCUAGUGUUGCCCCCUAGGCGCAUUUUAAUCUCAGGUUAAAGUAAAGGCUUUGCUUUCUCCAAACAUUUUCCUUUCCCUUACUUGGCUCACCUUUUGCCUGCUCCUUUACAGCGACUCUCAUCUGUGAGUUUUUUCUUUACCCUUCAAUGUGUUCCAGUCUACAACUCACCAAACCUGUUUAUCUGUUGAAGUCAGCAUUAGCUCUGACUUGCGAGAUACUUUAGACCAGACCUGGUCUUGUGAACCCAUCCAUCCGAUUCCUGUUCACCUGUUAAUAGGGCUCACGUGGUUCUCUUGUUUGCCUUAAUCAUGCCAAUCAUAUUCUUAGCAUUUAAAGUCCCCUAUCACUAUUUUGUCCUGUCAAGCACAAAACAAAUCCACUUCUGCUUAUAUCAAAUCAUGAAAAUAUUUCAAAACCUUCAUCUGAAAGCCAAAUACAGGAUCAGUUAGGGUACAUGGAAAAGAAAAAAAAUUAGUGUCACAGAUUAAAAAAAUAAAGGUCUUAAUAUGGCUGAAAGGAAAAGUGUGUUUUGAAGGAUCUCUAAUGUUGCCUGGUGAUUUCUGUUUUUGUUUUUUGUUUUUACCGUAUUUUCCUUGUAGGAGUGUUUAUUUAUUUAUUUUAUUAUUGUGUUUUCCUUUUGAAUACCAGUAAAAAUCACUGUAAAAAAUGCCCCAUAAGUAAGUACAAAUUUGGUUUAUUAUACUAAUGAUUUCAUGUAUGCAUUUUCCUUGGUGUCAUGACAAGGGUAUUUUUGUUUUGUUUUUUUCUCCAUUCAGGCAUAUAUCUACCUCACUCUUUGUAACUUUGUCUAUAUACAAAAGAAAUGCAUCUCACUAUUUAAAAUUUUAGGAGAAACCUCAACUAACUAAAUAAAACAAACAGGAAUCUAGAGAAACGUUUAAAAACAUGGACUAGGACAGAAGGUGGAAUCAGUUUGGCCAAUAAAUUUGCACACAAAGUGUUUUACAAAAAAAAAAAAAAAAAACGACUUCCUGCCUCAGAUUUGGGACAAAAUGAAUAAUAUAUGUUCAGUUUGCACUGCGGUUUUCCUUUCGCUUUCGUUCGUUCAGCGUCAACUCAUAUUUGACCUGAUGGAGCUGCACUGUUUGCAGCUUGAUCAUAAACAGGAUGUGAUAAAUCAAAGCCAAACAUUCCUUCUCCACAACGUCCCAGCCUAUUGUCACAACCUUCAAAUCCUCAAACCACAAACAUUAGAUUCUUAUCCAAAAUUUAUUUAUAAAGAAAUCUAAUAAGAUAAAAUGGGAAUAAUAAAGAAAGGGAAAAUAAUUAUUUACCUCCAAGGAUAAUAGAAAACUCCACAUAUAUAUGCGGUUUUACUUUUUUUCAAAUCCAAAAAUCUACAGCAUUUAGUUUCUUAGUGAAGAAUUGAUCAGUGUUGUGAAUGUAACAGGGACAGACAUGUAGUUUUCACACAAAGUAUCUAAGAAAAUUGUAAAUCUCACCUUGUACACGUUUCUACCUUCAGCAAGAAUCAAGAAAUCUUUAAUCUUUUAAUCAAAAGUGGCAAACAACUAAAAAAGCCACUAUUUAGUUUUAUCUUUUGUGUAAACUGCAUGUAGUUUUCUGAUUGUCAUUUUUCGAUUAGAAAUGUUCCACCCACUUGUGUCAAUGUGCGUUUCUUGCUUACUAGUGUGAAUAUUUUAGCAUUUACAAUGGAUAUUACAAUUCAAGAAGCCAUGAUAAAAUGUCAGGUUUAUGGGAUGUUAAAGAUUUAGACCAAGAUGAACCAUUUCAGAACUCAAAUCCCCCUUUAAUGCAGCAUGAAGAAAAUUUUUAAUCUUUAUGAGGAAAUACAAGGAAUCAAACCUAAAAUGAUGAUGUUGCAUGAGUAUAUUCCUAUUGAACUACUACGCUAAACUAACUUUGGAUUUUAUAAUAGCCCUAUUUAUCUUUUUAUGUAGGAGUCAUUCAGCUUCCACAUUUUGACAUUGUAAUAUUUGUCUUUCUUCUUUAUAAAAGCACAAUAUCAUCUGGUCUACGCGGCUCUUCUCAGGGGGCAUCACAGAUUUGUCUGGGAUGGCAUCUUUUAGACAUGAAGCCGUUCUUAUGUUGACUUUACUGCAAGCUUUGGGCUGUUGUGAAGAAAGGUCUAGGGCAUCUUAGCUUUGGAUUUGCAAAAGAGACCGUAACGAUUUGGAACAUUGAACCUUGUCUGGGAGGCAAAUUUCCAUCUGGGAGCAAAAUUCCCAAGGCAUGAUGCUACCAUCACCAUGCUUCACUGUGUGUUUCAUGCGCUUUAACUUAUGUGCAAUGUUUUUUUGUUUUUUUUUUUUUUUUAUAUUGCACCAAACACCUUUGGGAAACAUGACCAAAACGUUCAACCUUGGUUUUGUUGGACCAUAUCACCUUUUUCAUGCCAUGCUUUAGGGAAACUUCUAAAUGUUUCUUUUUUCCCCAGUUUGGAUACUUUUCUUUUUAAGAAAUGGCUCCCAGCUUGCCACUCUGUGACCCCAGUCUUAAAAUAACGAGCAGACUUAUUUAACCGCAACAUUUUUGGUUUCCAUUCCCCUUCUUAAAGAUUUUACUUUGUUUAAAUAAUUGUAUAUUAUGCUUUAUUUUAAAGGUGGAAAAGGAUCUGAAAUGGUUUAUAAUGUCCUCAAGUUUUACAUAAAAAAGCAAGUACCUAAAUGGACGGGAUGUAUUUCAAAUCUAUUUAUAUACCCCACGUUUUAGUGCUGCCAUUUCAGUCACCACAGAGAAUCUCACAGCAUCACAAACAAUGAUAUCUGUACAAGUGAGCAAAGUCGUUGAAACACCUCAAAACCUCUUAUAAAGCCUCCACCAUAGCUGUAUAUAUAUAUAUAUAUAUAUAUAUAUAUAUAUUUAUAUAUAUAUAGCUAUGAGUUAGAUAAAGAUAACUUUUUGUAUUAAGGUUUGGUGCUCAUUCCUCUUAAUCAUGCAACCGAAUUAUCUUUUUUAAUAAGAGCCAGAUUGCUGCUGAAUUCAAAAGCCACCACCGUCGAGCAAAAACGUUCAAGAAGGUAACAUAUCUGUGUUCAUUUUUGUGCAGAAUCGUCAAUUAUUCUAAUUUUUCAGCUCAUAGCCUUCAACGAUCUACUGACCAAUGAGCUACCAGUUAUUAGAUCCCAAACCUGUAACAUUUCCUACAUUAGCCACAUGGAGGUCAGGGAUGUUGCAUAUACAUACAUAUAUAUUACAGGUACUUCAGUUAACAUGUAGACAAUUUAGUUAGAAAAAGAUAAACCAAGAUUUCAAAAGUCACUCCUGUUUUUUUCUUGUAGACUUCAAGCCUAAUAACUCUCAGACAUUUUUUCAGUUCUUCAUAAAAGGUUCAAGUUUAUGGAGAUGCAUCACAGCAUUGUCCUGCAAUAAUGAGGUUGGAAGUGCAUCAAUUCACUCAUGUCUGUUUUUUUUUUAUGUUUUUUUAUCAUCUGCAUUCCUAAAACCUUCAGCGGGGCCUUGGUCUUCUACUGGCACUACUCUUUUAUUAAAAAUCUGUGUCUUCAUAACUUGAUCGGGGGAAGAUAAUCAAACUGUGUUCUCUAGUCUCUGUCUUCUUUUCAAGCUCUGUAUCUGAAGCCUCAAAAGUUUUUUCACACUUAUAGCUGAGAUGGUGUAUUUUUGACAAGCUGUCUCAAAAUGUGUAUAAGAGAAUUCCUUGUAUUUUACUUUUUUCUGAAAAUUUGAAUAAAUAAGUAAAUGAGA